CGCUCUUCGUUCGAUCUAACUUCCAAGGUCCGUCGGGGGCUCCCAGACAUCCGAUGUCUCGCCGUCCACCAGGAAACAGAACCUCCUGGAGAAGAAAACGGAAAAAGGAGACACGAUGGGGACUGACCACAAACCUACAUAUAGAUCGGUUGCCUCCCUCUCUAUGGUCGUCUUUUCCUCCCCAUCACACACUCUCUCUUUCUCUCUUUCUUUCCUAUUCCACCUCGUCCUUCAUUCCUUAAUCAUACCCGGUUGAUCCAGGUUCCACUCUUUUAUCUUCACCAUGCAUUUCCUCCAGAACUCCAUCGUGGCCGCCACCGUGGGCGCCGCGCUGGUCGCUGCCGCUCCCCUCGAGCUCGAGAAGCGCUCCUGCACCUUCACCUCCGCCUCUGCUGCCAAGUCCGGCAAGACCUCUUGCUCGACCAUCACCCUCGACAACAUCGCUGUCCCCGCUGGUGAGACCCUGGACCUGACUGGCCUCAAGUCCGGUACCACCGUCAUCUUCGAGGGUGAGACCACCUUCGGCUACAAGGAAUGGAAGGGUCCCCUCAUCUCCAUGUCCGGAACCGACAUCACCGUCAAGCAGGCCUCCGGCGCCAAGAUCAACUGCGAUGGUUCCCGCUGGUGGGACGGCAAGGGCAGCAACGGUGGCAAGACCAAGCCCAAGUUCUUCAAGGCCCACAAGCUCAACCAGUCCAACAUCAACGGCCUCAAGAUCUACAACACCCCCGUCCAGGGCUUCAGCAUCCAGUCCGACCACCUGACCCUGACCGAUGUCACCAUCGACAACUCCGCCGGUACCAGCAAGGGCCACAACACCGAUGCCUUUGACAUUGGUUCCAGUACCUACAUCACCAUCGACGGUGCCACCGUCUACAACCAGGAUGACUGCCUGGCCAUCAACUCGGGUGAGCACAUCACCUUCACCAACGGUUACUGCUCCGGUGGCCACGGUCUCUCCAUCGGCUCCAUCGGUGGCCGCAGCGACAACACCGUCAACACCGUGACCAUCUCCAACUCCAAGGUUGUUGACUCCCAGAACGGUGUCCGCAUCAAGACCGUCUACGACAAGACCGGUACCGUUGAGAACGUCAAGUUCGAGGACAUCACCCUCUCCGGCAUCUCCAAGUACGGUAUCGUCGUUGAGCAGGACUACGAGAACGGCAGCCCCACCGGUACCCCCACCAACGGUGUCAAGGUCGAGGACAUCACCUUCGAGAAGGUCACCGGUACCGUCAAGAGCUCUGCUACUGACAUCUACAUCCUGUGUGGCUCCGGCAGCUGCAAGGACUGGACCUGGAGCGGCGUCAACGUCACUGGCGGCAAGAAGAGCUCCAAGUGCAAGAACGUUCCCUCCGGUGCUUCUUGCAGCGACUAAAUGGUCUCUCUCGCGAGCGUCUUCCGUGACUGGAUAGUCACGCUGGUUGGUGGUGCAUGGUUUCCUUCUAUUCUCUGGCCAUGAGUCAGAGCCGUUGUAUUAGUGCUUAAUUAGAGUAUCGGGAGUAAUAAGCGACUGGAGCCGAUG